AUGUCGGGCGCCUCGGUCGCGUCCGUCCCCGGGCGCCUCGGGGGCGUGCGAGCGAAGCCAUCGAACCGCGCCGUCGAUCGCGCCCGCGGAAGAUCCUCGCGCCGGGCCGGCCGUCGCGGCGACGCGUGCGUCAGGGAGGCGGGCGCGUUCACGAAGCUGAUCGAGAUCCCCUUGGCGCGCGGCGUCGCGCGCGCGGCGGUGGCGCCGGCGAAGAAAUUCUUCCUGGACGGCGAGCGACGGGGCGAGAGUGAAAUCGCCAACGUCACCGUGCGAGCGCCGGACGCGGACGUCGAGGCGUACGACAGCGCGCCGAUGCAGGCGCUCAGCGGGUACGACGUCGGCGAGGUUCCCUUCGUGAUGCAGGCGGUGUGCUACUACGAGGAGACGCUCGACGUGGGGGUGCUGGAGCGGGGGUUGAGCGCGACGCUGGCCAAGUACCCGAUGCUCGCGGGGCGGCUGGACCUGCGCACGCCGGGGUGGGAACACAAGGGCGCGAAGCUGACGAACGACGGAGUGCCCCUUAGGGUCGUGCGCGACGACAACCUCAGGUUCGAAGAUCUGCCGCAAGAUUACGCCGGGGAGACGCGGAGGUUCCUGGAUUUCUCGCCGUGGAUCGACGUGAUGCUGGGGGACGCGCCGCUGUUCACGGCGAAGGUGACGCAGUGCGCGGGGGGCGGGAGCGUCCUGGGGGUUUGCAUGUCGCACGCGGUGAGCGACGGUCAGGGGUUCAUCGAGUUUUUAGUCGCGUGGGCGAAAGCCGCGGGGGGCGAGGCUCACCCCUGGGGCGAUCCGGUGUUCGAUCGAUCGCUGAUCCCGCAGCCGGCGCUCGCGAUGUCCGUGGACGAGAUGCGAGAGAUGUUAACGGAGGAGGGCUUCGACAACGUGCCGUCGGUGCCCAUGCUCGGCGGCGCGCUGCUCGCGGGUCGAACGCUGGUGCCGGAUUUUCUUCGAUUUCCCGCCGGGAACCGGAUGAUGGUGAGCGUCAACGAGGCGAACAUGCGUUCCCUGCGCGAGGCGUCCGGGGCGUCGAACGAUAACGAGGCGCUGAGCGCGCACGCGUGGCUCGCGCUGGCGGAUCUGUGCGAGCUUCCGGUCGGGACGCCGCUGGAGCACGUGACGGUUGUGAGCGGACGGGGCGGGCGGACCGGACUUCCCGACAUGUACUUUGGCAACGCGGCGAUCGGCGUGUGCACCGGUCGCGUCGCGGUUGGCGAUUACUCGACUCUGGCGCAGACGCGCGACGGGCUCCGCCCGGGAUUCACCAAGGCUAUGAUGCGACGCAACAAGUACCUGAUGCUCACCGAGGCGGCGUUCCGCGCGGGGGUCAACGGUUUCGACUUUGACAUCAUGGCGUUCAUGCAGGGCCGGAUGGUGUGGUGCAACAACCUGGUGGAGAUCUACAAGAAGCUGUACGACCUGGACUUCGGCGGCGGCGGACCCACUCUGGCGCUCCCGCCGGAGCUCAACGACAUUGUUCAGAUCCAGUGCUCGCGACCGGAUAGGAAAACGGGAGCCCCCGCGGGUGCAAACGGCGUGGAGAUGUUCAUAAACCUUCCGCCGGCGAUGAUGGAACGGGUGCGUCGGCCCGAGGCGAUCGAGCGCCUGGCGGGUGCGCGGGGGAUCAGAUGACCUCGGAGAGAUGUCGGACUCUGGUGCGGAUGGGAGACUCUGACGCGAUGAUACUUUUAUUAUUGAAGCGCGUGUUACACACU